UAGUAAAAUUACAUUACAUCAUCGUGGGAGGAACUUAUCUGUAGUAUUUUGCAUCUGUGUUUCUGAUUUAAUUUGCCUCCCUGCUUUGUAAUUCAAAGGUCGGCCUGCAGUUCCGCCUCAUCCCGUCAGGGGGCAGCACAACCACAAACCACCCACUGAGCCGAAGGAAGCAAAUCGAAACUCCUCAAUGAGUUCACCUUCAGAUAAAUAGUUCGUCCCCGCUUUCUCUGGAGACUUAUUUUAAUCGUUUGGUGUCUUGACAAAAUGAAUGGCUCACUGCACUCCUCACCCAGCGUGGUGGACAUAAAACUGAAGCGAGGGCCGGCAGGCUUGGGCUUCAAUAUAGUUGGGGGCGUGGACCAGCAAUAUGUUGAGAAUGACAGUGGGAUUUAUGUGUCCAAAAUAAAAGAAAAUGGAGCUGCAGCGUUGGAUGGGAGACUCCAAGAGGGGGACAAGAUCCUGGCGAUCAAUGGAGUCAAGCUUGAGGAGCGGACACAUAAAGCUGCAGUGGAUCUGUUCAGGACAGCAGGGGAGGACGUGGAGCUCCGUAUUCUGAAAAAGUUGCCCCAUCACAUGAACGGACCCACAGGAGUACAACCCGAACACGAAUCUUCUGUGCCUUCUCUGGGAAUACUGGCUGCUUUAGCGGGAGCUGCUGCCAUCUUUGCAUUCUUUUACAUGCGGCACCUUAAGAAGCACUUUUAACAAAGCCGACGUUGUCUCUAUAUAAGUUUUACGAUCAAAAACUUUGCUAAAGGCCAAAGAAGUGAAAGAGGGAACAAACUCGAAACAGUUAUUUUUUUGAAUAGUAGGUGUUGGUGUCACUGAGGAGUUUCUCCAUGUUCAUGUGUAUUAUGAGAUUAAUGGUAGCUUCUUGACACCCUUCCUAUGUAGAAGGAUGCUCUCUUACCACAGAGAUUACUUUAAAUAGACAACUUUGUGAUUGUAAGGAGGAGAAGAUGGAUGUACGCAUUACAUUCCUGCAGCUGGGCUGAGCUCAGGCAGAAACCAACAGCUGCCUGUACACAGAGGCAGAAAACUAUUAAAUCUGUGGGUCAAAUCAGACUGACUAAAGCUUCAGGGUCCAUUUACAAACUGAAAGACAGUGUUGUGUGCAGUCACUCGUAGGCCUCUCUGUUCCUCCAUCGCUGAAUGGUAGAUCUGUCUGAGGGGCGACUGAGAUGAACCCACUGUACUUUUAGUUUGUUAGUGUUCAAAAUUCACGCGACUGGGUUUGAUUUUCAUUUUGCACCGUUGCACAGAAUCAUGGGAGGAGUGGCAUCCUGCCGUACUGCGUAGAUUGAGCUGUGGGAUUGAAAAAGCCUGCAGUUAAUGUGAUUUAAAUUGUGUAACGGACUUUAGAGUGCCUUUUCUGUCUAUUCCAAGUAAUGGUGGUGUUUGGUGCUUGUUGCUCCUCCAUGAUCAAAAUGAAAAUCAACCCACUACGUCCAUUAAUACAUUAAAUUAAAGGAUGUGGCUGGCGAUAGUCUAUAUUUUCUUAUUGUCAGCAAAUUCUGUAAAAAGGCCCAAACCAAAAAUGAGUGAGUUCUCUCUGCUCUACAGUAUUUACAGCAGAAGGACAACGUAUGUGGGAUUGAGUCAAAAUAAACUGCAGUGCCCACGUUCAGUGUAAUGAAAGAACAUGUCAUCCAGUACAAUUAAUAGUUUUUGGACAACAAUGGAGCUCUAUGGCACAAAGGAAUAAAAUAUAUCAGACAAUACUUGUUAGUAAAAUCACUUCAUUGUUGGUCUUUUAAUGGGAUUUGUUGACAAGAAAAAUACACAUUAUCACCAUAUUCAUCCUUUAAAGCAAAAUACACUUGUUCAAAGUAUCACUAAGUAGUUUCACUUUAAAGAGUUUAUUAUAAAGUGUGUAUUAUAAAUGGUCACUCAGGGUGAACCAUUAAAUCUAUAUCAUACAAACAAAUCAUUCCUUACAUAUGUAUCGUGUGGUGAGCAGCUCGUUUCUUAAUGCUCAGUCACAGCUGAAGACUCCAUGAGUGCUGCUGCCAUGUUUGUUUUGUGUCUCACAGCCAUUUUUAAACAUUCUCCUAAUUUUGCAUUGUGGCCAGUGCUUGUAAUCACAUCGCACCUUCUGCUAAGUCAUUUGUCUUUUGGGGUGAAUAUGAAAUAUGGAGUAUGUUUGAAGGAUCAACAACAGCCAGUUCACUUUAGAGAACUGAGUUUCUGUCAACAACUUAAAAUGUUGUAUUUUAUUUUUUUAUUUUUUUGCACUAGCCACAAUCAUGGAACGCCUCCAGUAACGGCCAUAGAGCAGAUGAAUAAGUGAGUUGUGUGUGCUGGGUGUAUUUGUCCCCAUUUUUCAUGCAAUUGUCUCUGACUGUAUGUGGCUCUUGUUGUCUGUAAAUACAUUUCAUGUCGCUCUGCUGAGUGGACUGUGAAUAUGUGCAUGUAUGCCAGAAAAGUCAGUCAGAAGCACUAAUAAAUUAUGCAAAUACUGUGUUUUACAUCCAAGCACCUACUGUAUUAAAAUUCAUGUUGAAUUCA